GUAAACAUCAGCGCACCGGAAACAGGAGCAGCGUGGAGAGUGGAGUGAGCAGUGCUGAUGCUAACAAGUUUAGCUGUAAGCUCCACUUAGUAACACUUUUAUAUCAACAUGGAUAAUACGACGGAUGGGACGUGGGACAGUUUGCCCGUCAAACUUCACGACAGUAUUUUACAGACGCUAGAGGAGCUCAAAUUCACACACAUGACACCUGUACAGUCUGCUUGUAUUCCUCUAUUUAUGCGGAAUAAAGACGUGGCUGCUGAGGCGGUGACAGGGAGCGGGAAGACGCUUGCUUUUGUCAUUCCAAUCAUAGAGCUGCUCCUGAAAAGAGAAGAAAAACUCAAAAAGAUGCAGGUCGGUGCCUUGGUGAUCACUCCCACCCGAGAGCUGGCCCUGCAGAUCAGUGAAGUCAUGGAGCAGUUCAUCCAGAAGUUUCCACAGUUUAAGCAGAUUUUACUGAUUGGAGGCUCGAACCCGAUCGAGGAUGUGGAGAAGUUCAAAGAGCAAGGAGCAAACAUUGUAAUAGCGACGCCUGGUCGUCUGGAGGACAUGUUCAGGAGGAAGGCAGACGGUCUGGACUUGGCGAGCUCUGUCAGGAGUCUAGAUGUGCUGGUUCUGGAUGAGGCUGACAGACUUUUAGACAUGGGAUUUGAAGCCAGUCUGAACACAAUCCUGGGCUACCUCCCCAAACAGAGACGUACUGGUUUGUUUUCAGCCACUCAGACUCAAGAGCUGGAGAAGCUGGUGAGAGCAGGACUUAGGAACCCCGUACGAAUCACAGUCAAGGAGAAGGGCGUCGCUGCCUCUGUUAUCCAGAAAACACCGUCCAGACUCUCCAACUAUUACACCAUCUGUAAAUCUGAGGACAAAUUUAACAACCUGGUGGCAUUUUUACGGCAACACAAGCAUGAAAAGCAUCUGGUCUUCUUCAGCACGUGUGCAUGUGUGGAGUACUACGGUCGAGCUCUGGAGACUCUAAUCAAGAAGGUCACGGUCCACUGCAUCCACGGGAAGAUGAAAAACAAACGCAACAAGAUCUUUGCAGACUUUCGCACACUUAAAAGUGGGAUCUUGGUGUGCACAGACGUCAUGGCGAGAGGCAUAGAUAUCCCUGAUGUGAACUGGGUGCUGCAGUAUGAUCCUCCAAGCAGUGCCAGUGCUUUUGUGCAUAGGUGUGGGCGCACAGCACGUAUUGGAAAUCAAGGCAAUGCCCUUGUUUUCUUGCUGCCGAUGGAGGAGUCCUAUGUCAAUUUUCUGUCUAUAAAUCAGAAGUGCCCGCUGCAGCUGAUGCCCCCUAUAGGUGAUGUUGUGGAUAUGCUGCCAAAGGUUCAGGCCAUGUCUCUAGCGGACCGGGCCAUGUUUGACAGAAGCAUGAGAGCUUUUGUCUCAUAUGUUCAAGCAUAUGCCAAACAUGAGUGUAGCCUCAUCUUCAGAGUCAAAGAUCUGGAUUUUGCUGCUUUAGCCCGUGGCUUUGCUCUCCUCCGCCUGCCUAAGAUGCCGGAGCUGAGAGGGAAAACAUUUCCUGAUUUCACAGAAACAACAGUAGACACAGACACCAUCCGCUACAAGGACAAGAACAGAGAGAAACAGAGACAAAAGAUGCUUGCCGAGCUAAAAGACAAAGACAAGACUCCGUUUCCCAAAAAGAACUUCACCAAGAACCAGGCCUGGUCCAAACAGAAGAGCAAGAAGGAACGCAGGAGAAAGAACGCAGCUAAGAGGAAACAUGAUGAGGACUCUGACAUUGAAGAUGAAGACAUGACAGAGCUCUUAAACGACACUCGUCUCCUCAAGAAACUAAAGAAAGGUCAAAUCAGCGAGGAGGACUUUGAGAAACAGAUAACAAGCGGACUAAAGUCAAAACAGAAAACAGAAGACCAAUCAUACGACAGCUCAGAGGGCGAGGAUGUCUGAUGAAAGAGAAAUAAAUCCACAGCAACUCCUUCAACAUUUGUUGACCUUUUGAUAUUUUUAUUGAGAGUUGUGAGGCACAGUUUUUAUAAAUAAAGCUUGAUGAGUUCGUCACUGACAGCC